AGCGUCCUAGCAACGGGGCGGAAAGAACCUUCAUUUAACAACAAGCUACUUAUCUCCCACAACACAAAACAACAAUACGUUACCGCUUCUACAGUAUUAAAUUAUAAUAUUUAUGUUUGUUAACUAAUAUACUUUUUUUUUUUAAACAAUCUAUAUUCUCAAGUUAUCGUAUGAAGCGGGAUGGCUAUCAACAACCCAUCGGUGUUUCUGUUGAUGAUAAACGGACAGAUAGAAGGGGCGAAUUUUCCAGAGUAUGAUGACCUGUACUGUAAAUACUGCUUCGUCUACGGACACGACUGGGCUCCCACCUCGGGUCUAGAGGAGGGUAUAUCUCAGAUUACGUCGAAAGGCAGAGACUCUCCUCAGAGAAUGAUCUGGAAUUUUCCUCUGGAGAUCACCUUUAAGAGCACCAACCCAUUAGGCUGGCCUCAGAUCGUGGUGAGUGUCUACGGUCCUGAUACGUUUGGUAACGAUGUGGUCAGAGGAUACGGAGCAACACACAUCCCCUUCACUCCUGGACAACACAACAGAACCAUCCCAAUGUUUGUUCCUGAAUCCACAUCAAGACUUCAGAAAUUCACAAGGUAACGUGUGUCUUACUGUGGGCUAAAUACUGGGCGGCUGA